CCAGCGGUCAAUGGGCCAUCAGGCGGGGUACACCCUGGACAGACAGCCAGUCCAGAGACACCCAAUCAUGCACAAUCAUGCACACACACACACACACACCUAAGGACAAUUUAGACAGACCAAUCAACCUAACAGUCAUGUUUUUGGACGGUGGGAGGAAGCCGGAGUACCCGGAGAGAACCCACGCAUGCACAGGGAGAACAUGCUAACUCCAUGCAGAAAGAUCCCAGGCCGGGAAGCGAACCCAGGACCUUCUUGCUACAAGGCAACAGCUCUAACCACUGCGCAGCCAUUUUUAUAGUCGGUGACAAAUAUUAAUUUUAAUAACCAAUUAUAAAUUUGAAAACACGACAUUUUCUGAACCCAAUACAAUAAACGUGUCAAAUAGAAAGAAGCCUGUUAAAAAAAAACUUAUUGCACAACGGCGGCUCACCUGUCUCGGUACUCGCUACCACAUGUUAUGUCAGUCUUGGAUUUGCUAUAAAAAUAUAACACAUAAAACAGUUUUUCAUAGCAUUGACAAGGACCGCCAUCAGGUACAGACGGUGCUGCAGGCCUGGUGCAUGCUAGUUUGAAGAGGACAAAUCUCCAGGAUCAUUCUCAGCGACGACGCCUACUGAAGUCUGUUGGUGUGAAGCACAGAGCAGCUGCAUCCUCCUGACUUGUUCAGAUGACUGAUUUCGUCUCUACUGACUGUUAAAUGUGUUGCUGAGUGAAUGCCUGGAUUCUAAAAGCUCAGUGGAUUUUGGUCCAAUUUUCCCACCCUGACAUAAAGAUCUCGUUGGAAUUCGAUUGAAGGAAAAGAGCAAGUUUUAGACUCAAUAGCUGACUAAAGAGCAAACCAAACAAAGUGAUGCUGUGUAUUUUCCCUGGCCAUAAGGGGCAGUACAUACCUAAAUCACUGCAAGCAAGCGGUGCUUUUGUGUUUGAGUAAGAUCUUCCCUACGGAUGGCCAUUAGGGUCAAAUAUCCUUGGGAAUGCAACCUCCAGCAAAAUGACAAUCACUGGCAACGAGUGAAGAGGUAAAUGUGUAAAACGUUUAUGAAUGGUGAAAGUUUUGUAACCGUUUGUUACAAAUCAGUAAUUGCAUUUGUCCUCACAGGCUCCCGUAGAAUGGCGUCGCCCAGAGACUUCGACCCGCUCGCAUGUAUUUUAGACCCGAUUUUUAUGGUUGCAUUUUACAAAGCCGCCAAUAUUUUUCUACAAUCGACUCGAGCAUCAUUUAAUUCACUUUCAACAACAUUUAGAAGAAUAUUUCCAGAGAUUAAUGGUAAAAACUACACAUGGUCAAAUUUCAACUAUUCCUACAUGCCUUUAUUAUUGUGAUAUUGUCAUUUUCAUUUAAAGUUCUGGGAGUGGACGUCACUUCUCCUGGCAGGCAACAGUUCAAAUCGAAUGGCGCCAUCUUGGCAGGCAGUUGCCCGCAGUUGGGCUAUUGUUAUUUGCAGAAAACCCAAACUAGAAACGGUAAAUAUGGGAGGUACCUGUUGUGCCCCAGGAUGCCACAGCAGACGCGGACGAGGUAAGGGAAGAGCUGAACUCCCAAAAGAUCCGGAACACAGCAAACAUUGGAUCAUUGCAAUAAAACGCGCUAGGUACCAGGCUAAAACGAAACUGUGGGAUCCCGGGAGCAAAGGUUUUGGCUAACGCAGCGACCAUGUCAUGCUUUUAUUACGAUUCUUAGCGGGCUUCCUAAACUUAUAUUGACAUGUCUUAUUGCUCAUAGCAAUAAGUAAAAACCACGUAAAACUUUGCCCGAUCAUUCGUGGUUUCUGCUGUUUACGUAUCCCUCCUGGCUUUUGUAUGCUCUUAGCGAUGCUCCGGAGUAGGACGAGGGAAACCCAAUAAGGACAUUUUAAAUGUCAGGGUAUCUCAAAUCCAAACCAAACAAUGAUAGAAAACAGAUGGACUUUUUUUAUGUUUGGAUUUUUUCAUGAAGGCAGUAGAGACACAUCACAAAAGGAUGCAACAUUUGUGUUUUGCAUAAACCAGGGUAUCUGCAGGUUUAAGGGAGCCAAAUUUAAGACUUUUUAAGACCUUUUUUAAGGCCACUUUGACCAAAUUUAAGCUAUUUUUAAAAUUAAAUUUAAGCUAUAAUUUCCAGCUAUUGCCUGGAACCGGUGCUAACCACAUCGUGAACGUGGGAUUAGCCAUCCAGUUACCAUUCAACUUGCACUUCCCCAUGGCGCAAGCUCCCACUAGCUUAACCAGCUAAUGUGCUCAUCUGAAAAAUAGCCCCCUUUCACAACCAACUGAAUGUGUACGGUUCCGCUUACGCCAACAUCACACACAAAAAAUGCUGAACACCAACUAGAAAUUCAUGAAAUUUUUAUAGAAAUAAAAGAAUCUUGUUUAUUGGGUCUUUGGUAAUUUAAGACCUUUGGAAACUGGAUUUAAGGAUUAUUUGUCAUUUUUAAGGAUUUUCAAGGCCUUAAAUUUGGAAAAGCAAAUUUAAGACUUUUUAAGGACCCGCGGAUACCCUGAUAAACGGUCCCUUUAAUCUGUUAGAGAAAAAGGCAGCAGACGUUUUGUGUCGGCAAAUCAGAGAGCUUGGACUUUCCUUGCCUGUGGGGUGCAGAAGAAGGGUCUGACCUUCUGCGUCACAGCUGAGUACAUCUGGGACAGUUGCUCCUAAAGAGACUAUUUUCUGUUUAUGGAACAAUGAUCAUUGCUGAUGUGUUGGAAUUGGGUUAACACACACCUGUAUGCUCCAGACCUCUCCAGUUCUGUCCAGUGUUCUGAGUAUAUCUGCAUGGGUGUAAUUUUAUUUAUGCUUGAGUUGCAUCUAUGCAGGUAUUAUUAAUUGUAUUUUGUACAUUAGCUCAACAAAUAUAUUUUAGUGACUAAUCCCUGGCCUUAUCUGUGCAGCCCAGUGGAGUCAUGGUGCUGGAAUGCAGCAUGAAGUAAUGCACAUUCAUGAUAACAUGUAUGUACACAAAUCUAUGAGGCUCCUGAGUCCUGAUAACAGGUUGGCGCCACAUUGAUAUCGUUAGACGGGGUGAAUGAUUAUAAAUCUCCACUCUCCAUGCUGUGGCUCCCACCUCUGCUCUUCAUCUCACUCAUCCUCCUCCAAGCUCAGAGUUACCAGACAGAUCUCUGCUGCUUUUCUUGUGUCAGAGUGAUGGAAAGGGGUUAUCAGCCUGUACACCCCCGUCUUCUAUUCCUCCUCUAGGGACAAGGCCUAGGAAUAAGAGUCUGAAUUAUUAUUGUGCCUUUAGUUGAAGUAGAGCUGUUAUUUUGAUGAACAACGGGUGUUUUUUAUGCAUUUGUGACUGUCAAAGUGUUGGACCGAGACAGGGUUGGACACAGCUACAGAUGGAGCUGGAAGCUGGAGUGGACUUAACCGUUGCUUUGAUGUGAUGAUGGGACCUGGUUUUAGACUAGACGUGACAAAUCUCGUGUUGACAAGAAUACAUUUUUGAGUUUCCACAGAAUAAAUCUUCACCAAAAUUGUGUAGCAGUGAUCAGCAGAAUCAGUGCCGCAGAACCCAGACUAAAACUGCCAACAUCCUGCUAUAGUUUUCGGAUAUUUUUCCUGCUCCACCACAGCUGAAUGGAGUAGAUUAAUCAUCUCCUUACCACAUUUAACUCUGCACAAAACUGCUCAUUACUCAUUUCAAUCAGGUGUGUAGGAGCAAACAAAUAAAUAAAACAGCUAACAUGUGCAAGAUGGUAGCCCUGGAGGAUUGGAGUUGGGGACCCCUGCACCAGCCUGAACAUGGGAGAUGUUUGAGAUAGAAAACCCAUCCUGCCCUCUUCAGGAUAUCCUACAGAGGCAGAGGAGCUCUAUUGUCAUUUAUACGAUUCCAAGUAAACAUCUGUAUCAGUUAACCGUCAUCAGCAAAAGCAGAAACUGAGGACUAUAUAUACUGGAUGCCUUGAUUUCAGAGUACAUGUACCGGGUGCAAGUAGUAGAGCAGAAUCAAGGGAACAGAGGGAGGAAAAAAGCUAGUCGAAAUAGAAACGUAAAUAAAAGACAGAAAACAAAAAACUACAAACAAAAUUGAAAGUUUUAAUUCACUUGAUCUUCAAUAAAUAAGUUGCAGUCUCCAGAAUGAAUGGAUGGAGAAGUGGAAGGCAGAAAAUGAGAGGAUUAUACGUCUUCCUCUUCAAAGGUACCCUAGGAUUCAAAACCACUUCACUUGUUUAAUGAAGACAGCCUGUGGUAUCUGAUGCAGUGUACCAAAAGCCUGUGCCGUCUCCGAACUGCUUUCCUGUGUAAAUUAAAAACGCGGGAAUGGCCACGGAGAAACAGUUCGUUCUGAGAAAAGCUGGUUGAGCUUAGAAGCAACCUCACAUUUGCAUGUCCCAACUCAGCUCAACAUCUGCUACACAUAAAUGUUUUGUGGUGAGAAUGCUAACCACAGAACUAUGCUAGCCCAAGCUACCGCUAACACCCUUGUUGGAUGAAAACAAAAAAGAAUGUUGGAGCUUACAUGUAAACGUUCCAGGAUGGACUCCAAAUUUCUAGACUUUGAAUGAAUGCCAGAUAGAUCCAUAGCUUGGAGCACGCAGCUAAUAUUCGUGUCCUGGCCGAGUGGGUGGAGAAAAGCAGUCUUUCCAUUUUAGGGCUUAGUCAUGAGGUUGGUUUUGCCCAUUUAUCAGGGCUCCUGGGCUAUUGUGAGCCCCAUCAAAGUUUCACAUGGUAUUAAAGGGCAGGGCUUUUCAAUUCUGGGCCUUGAUUCAGUGGUUGAAUCCCCUGUUCAGCAGCUCAUCAGGCUCUGCAGAAGCCUGUUAAUCACCUGCUGAUUGAAAUCCGUUGUGUUGAAGUAGGACUGAAACUAAAACAUGCUGGAUUCCGGCCCUCCAGGCCCGGCGUUGAAUAGCCUUGUUAAAGAGGAUCCAAACAACACCAUUAAAGGGGUGAUGUGCAAAUGUCUCGCCUCUGACUAAUCAAUGCCACCGUGACUCUUCCGCUGCCUUCGUUUGCUACUCUCUUGGGCAAAAACUGCAAUAGUGUUGGGCAAUUUGUAAAUUUGUUUUCCCACCGCCAAUCUUCAGUCCAAAAAAAAGAAGAUGGAUGAUUUACUCGUACAUGUGACGUCAUGACGCACGGACUGUGUGCGAACACAGAAGAUGCCCAAAACAUAGAUUUUUUUAUACAAGCGCAGCGCAUAUGUUUGCUGUGUUACGACCCCUGGGUUUUACCAUGGUUGGUCGUAUUAUUAUUACUGUUUAGUCAUUUUUUUUGCCCCCUGUUUUGGUAGUUAUCUUCCCAUCGUUUUGUUUUCUUUUGGAGUGACAACACCGGACCCAGAUACAAGACGGCUGCCUCCAUGCUGUUGUCCAGUAACCAUGGAAACCACAAUGAGCACCAGCAGCCUCAUCACUAGUGGAUCUCUCCACGGUUCUUCAGGUGGAAGCAAUUGGACUAAUCAUUUUCUCUGGAUCUGGAAAUGAUAAAAGGCUGGAGGAACUUUCACUCUAGGAGCUACUUGUAACCAAGUAGACUCCCUUUGGGCUAGUUUCAUGAUUUAGAAGUUUAAACAUCUUGAAAGAAAAUAAUUCCUUAGCUUUUAAUAAGUCUCUCAUUGGGUUUAGUAAUUACUCAUAGUAAAAGGACUACAGUGGCCACUGUUUGAGUUUGAGAGUCUUUUGUGGUUAAGUUGCUGAAUUAUUAUGUAGAAGGUGAAAGCUUCUUUAGGUUUUGGAAAUAACACCGAGUCUUCUAGUUAAUCCAUCCCACAUCUUUCUUUCUUUUGUACCAUCCUGUUGGACAAUUAGGUCUGGUAGGUUAUUUUUUUGCUGCCAGUUAAAAGAUCUGAGCCUUAGCCUCUUGCUUUAUUUUGUACUAACAUUGGACUCUCUGAGUUUCAUGUGCUGUGUUAGUUGUAUUGUUGUUAGGAUUUCCAGCUCUUGGUUUUUGUGUUAUCUUCUAAUGUGUAAAUACAUUUGUUUUUCUUUACACAAGUUCCUUCUCGUCUCCCUGGUUUCCCCUCCCUGAAGAAGGUAAAACGUAACCAGUGGGGGCUCAUCCGGGAUAUUAUCCUUUAAUGUUCACAUCUUAUUGCUGGAGCCUUCUUCACCAUUUCUUAUAUUUUCUCCCCUGAAGUGAACUUGUGUGUGUGUAGAAUUCUGUAGACUAACGGUAUGCAAUGUCUGUCUUUGAUUUGCAGGCUUUCUCGGAUGCACCUUCCCGUAGCCAGAUAGAGGGAUGUUGCAAACAGGAUUUAGUAGAGGUAGCUGUGCAUCUUCGCCUCACUGGGGCUCAGCAGAUGCGGAAGUUGGAGCUACGAGAACGGAUUGUGCUUGAAAUGGAACAAUUGAAACUGUUCCCCCCUGUGCCGGUUUCUGUUAAUCCUCUUCUCCUCCAGCAGGGGGCAAAUCAUGAGAAGGGCGAUGGUGGAACUGUGGCCGGGGACUAUGCAGACCGGGAGACAGACAUAGAGGAACGGAAGGAGACCCCACCUCCAGACUCCUUUCGAGAAUCGCCCGGGUCUGCUAAGCUGCGGGUCAGGUUGGCUCGACUAAAGCACGAGGCUGAAGAAAAAGCUCAGCGAAGGCAAAGGGAGAUGGAACUCAGGAAGUUCGAAAUCGAGGCUGAAACAAAAGUCCGACUCCGUCACGUGGAGCUGGAACUCCAAACACAGUUGGGAAACCAUUCAGCACGAGGAGUGGAUGAAAGAAAGGACAGUGGACCAGACCGGCUGGACAUCAGCAAGUCUAUCACGUUGUUGCCUCCAUUCCGUGAGACCGAAGUGGACAGCUACUUCACCGCGUUUGAGCGCCUUGCACAUGCACUCUCCUGGCCGUGGGAAGUCUGGCCCCUGCUCUUACAGAGUGGAAAAGCCCAAGAGGCAAUCUCAUCACUGUCCACUCAAGAUGUAACAGAUUAUGAUAAAGUAAAAGAAGCAGUUUUAAAAGCCUAUGAAUUAGUGACAGAAGCCUAUAGACAGAAGUUCAGAACAUUAAGGAAACGAAACGAAACCCAAACCUAUGUUGAAUUUGCCAGAGAAAAGAAUGGGUUGUUUGAUAAAUGGUUGAUGGCUGCUAAAGCUUCUUCCUUCUCUGAGUUAAAAGAGUUACUCCUCUUAGAGGAAUUCAAAAGAUGUCCUCCUGAAAAACUCGUGUUGUAUCUGAAUGAACAAAAGGUGUCCACAUUGUCUGCAGCUGCUUUAUCAGCAGAUGAGUUUGCAUUGACCCACCAUUUGAAUAAUGAAACCAAGUUUAAGCGUCCAACAGAUGGUAAACUCAGAGCACAAGAAAAACAAGCAAUAAAGAGUUUACUGCGGUGUUUCUAUUGUCAUCAGCUGGGACAUAUUGCUAAAGACUGCUUGAUCUUAAAGCGCAAAAAUGAAAGACGAGAGUCACCUCCCAGGGAGGUAGGGUUUUUAUCGAAUCCUCAUAAUCUCCAAUCCGAGGGUCAGAAAUAUGACAAAUGCUUCACACCAUUUGUAUCUGAAGGAACAGCAGCCUUAAUUUCUACUUCUGCAGUUCCAGUUAAAAUACUACGAGACUCUGGUGCUUCCCACUCAUUGGUUUUGAAAAGAGUGCUGCCUUUUGGCAAAAACAGUUACUCGGGUGUUUCAGUCCUGUUAAAAGGUUUAAACUCUGAGAACGCAUAGUUUCUACUACAUGAGGUCAUGUUGGAUUGUGAUCCAGCUAAGGGUAGAUUUAGUAAUGCCGUGAGCGACACUUUACCUAUUUCCGGGAUAGAUUUACUACUUGGAAACGACAUCGCUAGAGGACUGGUUACUCCUGCUCCAGAAGUCGUAGCACAACCAAUCCCGGACCCAGACUAUGUUCGGUUCUUCCGUGACAUAUUUCCCUCAUGUGUUGUGAUGCGCUCUCAAUCAAAACUAAAUGACGGGUUACUUGACAUUUCACCCCUGCUUGAAGAAAAUCUUGGGCAGGUCUCAGAACCAGAAUGUCACCCAGAACAAAUCUCCUCUGAAAAACCGGAGCAUUUAAAGCUUGAUGACAACCGUGUGUCUAGAACCACUUUAGUGCAAGAGCAAAAGGCCGAUAAAUCUCUAGAAAAAUGUUUUGUGGCAGUCAGAGGUACAGAGCAAAGUAACAUUAAGUACUUCUUUGAAAACGAGGUUUUGAUGAGAUCUUGGACUGAUCCUAAAGAUGCAGGAGCUACCUGGAAAACUGUAACACAGAUUGUUAUCCCUCAAAAAUUCAAACAUAAAAUACUGACAAUCGCCCAUGAGAGCGAUUGGUCAGGACAUUUUGGCAUUAAGAGAACUUACCAAACUGUUAUGGAACACUUCUUCUGGCCAGGCUUAAGAAAGGAUGUGAGUCAGUUUUGUAAGCGUUGCCAUAUUUGCCAAGUCGUUGGUAAAGCAAACCAAAACUUACCACCCGCUCCCAUCCAGCCCAUACCGAUUGUUGGGGAUGCCUUUGAUCACAUAGUGAUGGAUUGUGUGGGUCCUUUACCCCGCACCAAAUCAGGAAAAGGGUUUCUACUCACCCUUAUGUGUAAAAACACCCGAUUCCCCAAAGCCAUUCCCCUGUCUUCGAUAACUUCAAAGUUCGUUGUAAACGCAUUGGUGGGCUUCUUUUCCACAUGUGGAUUACCCCACACGAUUCAAACAGAUCAGGGCUCGAACUUUAAGUCUGAGCUGUUUAAAACGGUUACUGAGACCCUGGGAAUAAAACAUAUAAUGUCGUCAUGCUAUCACCCCGAAUCUCAGGGUGUGUUGGAAUGAUGACAUCAGACAUUUAAGAAUAUGUUGUGUAAAUAUUGCCUUACGACAGGAUGCCAGUGGGAUGAAGGGGUCCCCUUUUUGUUGUCUGCAGCGUGGGAGGCUAAAUAAGAAUCAUUAGGAUUCAGUCCUGCUCAGUUGGUCUUUGGCCAUGUUCCCCGUGGGCCAUUAAAGGCCUUGAAAGAACGAUUCUUGCAGGCACCUGAAAUAAAGCGUAUUGCUGUGGACAGGUACAUUAAGGGGUGCCAAUAUCGGUUACGGGAAUCGAACAAGGUGGCUAAAGAACACCUUCAAAGUGCCCAAAGGGUAAUGAAAAGCAACUUUGACGAAAAGGCUGUUAAACGGACUUUUCUCCCUGGUGACCAAGUGUUAAUGUUAACCCCCAUUACAGGUGGAACCAUUCACAGUCAGUCACAAACUUGGUGAAGCAACAUACAUUUUCAAAACUCCUAAAGGAAGAAAGAAGCUCAGACAGUGCCACAGUUAUAUGUUAAAACCAUAUUUCUCCCCUCAGAUGCCACCGUCCAACAUAACUUGUGAAAAGCUGGUGUGCGCAGCCAGUGGAAUCACAGAGUCUGGUGAUGAAAAAUAGGAGCUCGGUUAUAAACAUGUUGAUGCUAUUAGCCCCCGACUGGCUAACUCUGAGGCUCUUCUACAGUUAGAUGAGAAGCUUUCACAUUUAACAGAACCACAACAAAUGGAUCUAAGUGCAUUGAUGAAUGGGCACCUUUGUUUGUUUUCAGAUACCCCGACCAGGACUCACCUCGAUCAACAUGAUGUAAUCCUCAGUGGAAACAAGCCGAUCAAACAACACCCGUAUAGGGUCAGUCCGGAAAAAUGAAAGCUUAUGAAGCGAGACAGAUCACCUUUUAGCAAAUGGGCUAGCGGUAUUAAGCCACAGUCCCGGGAGCUCGCCCUGUUUGCUUGACAUGAAGCCAGAUGGAACAUCUCGGUUAUAAUAAAAUAAAUAAAAAAAUAAAACAUGGAAGGAUAAACAGAUAAGAUAAAGUAGAUUAAAGACAUAAAAAGAUAAAAACCUUACAAGAUUAAAGGAAGGAUGGACGGACGGACGGACAGAAAAAGAUUAAUGCAGCCCCAACAGGCAACAAGUCAGCGUCCCAUUUGUGCCGGGUCCAAGCCCGGGUAAAUGCAGAGGGUAGUGUAAGGAAUGGAUCAAAGCAAAAGAUAGAUAUAUGGAUAGAAGAACUGUAGUGAUGAUAGCAUAGUUUUCUAUGUAUUUUAGGGAUUUGGAGGUAUGUGACACCCGAAAAAUUAUUUCCCAGACCUGCACCCCUUUGUAGGGCUGGCGAAAUCCGGCCCCUGACACACACACGCACGCACGCACACACACACACACACACACACACACACUUAUGAAAGGUCGGCGAGCUCUGCAAAGAAGCCAAAAUAUACUUAACUAAUCUGCUUGAUCUGGCAAUUUAUUGCCAAUGAAAAGUUCAAACGGGUUGAAACUUGAGCUGCUUGCGUCUGCUAAAAAGUAGACUAUGCAAUUUCCACUGUGUGUGUGUGUGUGUGUGUGCGUGCGUGCGUGCGUGCGUGCGUGCGUGCGUGCGUGUGUGUGUGUGUGUGUGUGUGUGUGUGUGUGUGUUGGGGGUGGGUGCUGACCACCGGACAGACAUUUACUGGUUGCGUUCUGCUCGGCUUAAAACUAAUUCACUCUCGAUGACAACCCACCGUGAAAGACGAGACGAAUUAUUUUCACUCCCCCUCCCCUCCACCUUUAUUACCUGCCCUCACUGUGGCAGGUCACUCUCUCUAUAUAUCUAUAUAUCUAUAUCUAUGUAUAAAUAAUCUUCACUGUGCAUCUCAUUUUCUACACAUGAUCCUUCCCAAAUAUGUCUCAAUACCAGCUGUGUGUCUGGUCCCAUCAUAGAACCUAUGUGCUCUAAAUGCCCCCAAAGCGGCACAGGAAGUUAAAGCAAGAAAGAUUUGCUUUAGAAAAAGCAUCCAGACAUUAAUGCCCAAUCAAGGGCAAUGAGUAUGAGGAGUGCCAGACUGUAGAACUGGUGAAGUUAUUAACUUCCCUUGUGUGGAGCAAUAAAAACCCCAAAGCUA